AUGCUCGCCCUCACCGCUUGCUGUGAGGCGCUCAUCCUGCUCAGCCCACCAGCACACCACUACGGGUACUACGACAGCAAGCGCAGCGCAAUAUACAGCUUCGUGAACACAUUCUUCGAGGCGGCCGCUGGCGCCGGCGAACAACUCUAUGUCGUUGCUGACAAUCGCACACGGCGCGACCUCUCCGAGGAGUACGGCCUGAAUGACGCGAUCGUUGGUGUUCUCGACGACAUUUGGAUCAGGGACUUCUUCGUGACGCAGCUUUCCGAUACGACACUCGUCCGCUUUGGCUACCGCCCCAUGUACCUAAACCAGCAAGAAAUCAGCUGGAUUGACCACAGCGCUCGGCGCUUUGUGGAGCAGAUCUGGCCCCGUGGCGAGGUCUCGCUACUCUCCGGGAAUGGACCGUACCCGUGCCUCAAGGAUGCUUGCGAGAUGAGGGCUGACUCUCUGGUGUUGGACGGCGGAGGCAUUGUUUGGGAGCCGACGACCCUACGCGCUGUCGUGACCGAGCGAGUGCUGCGCGACAACCCGUGGCUGGUUGGCCGUCUGAGCCUCAGCGCUGACGGCCUACCGCCGCGCCCCAUGGGCGCGGCCGAUCCGUACGCGGGCGCGCCAGCCAUCACCUCCGCCGAUCUGGAGCAUGCCAAAAGCGUCCUCGAGCGCCUGCUCGCCGAGGCCCUCUCCCCCACAAACGCCAGCGGGAUCAACGUGACCGUCGCCAUCGUUCCCGAGGAGCCGAGCGCGCCGCGCCUCGGCCAUGUCGACGGCAUCUGCAACUGGCUCGCCCCCUCGACCCUCGCACUGUCAAACUUCUCAGACCCCUCCACCUUCGCGCUCUUCGCGGCACGCCUGGCUGCCGCCUUUGGCGACGAUGUGAACAUUGUGCCCUUCCCGUACUACCCUUCGUCCGACGUCUGGAAGGACGGGUUUGAGAGCGCCGAGGGCGUCUACGUGAACUUUGCGCGGACGCGGUAUGCAAUCUACGUCCCGACCUUCGGCGCACCGGCGGAUUCUGAGGCCCUCGCUCUCGUCGCCGAGCACGCCGACCGCCCACUAGCAGUCGUCGGGGUCGAUGCGCGCGCUGUCGCCAUCAUGGGCGGCAGCGUGCGCUGCCUCAGCACCUUCCUCUGGGGAGCUACGGCAGGCGGCGUGGCGCUCAUCGCGCUCGUCCUCGUGAGCAUCCUCUAUGCACACAAGGAGAGUUGGGAGCCGCGGCACUAG